AUGAAGAGACAAAAAAUAUUCUCAAGAUGGCUGACGAGGAGCGUUCAUAGUUUAGUUGCAUUCAUGGUGAGGGAUGGGUUGAGGCACGUACAGGACAAAGAAUUUGAGGUUUCUUGGAUGUUCGAUAGGAUAUGCCGAUUGCCAGAAGAUAUGCAGCCACCCGGAUGGCCGAACCUUUUGAAUGAACCUGUUCGUUGCGAGGUAAUGUCAGUAUUCGUAUAUCAAAAGUAUGCCGUCAUUAUAAGUGUGCCGGUGACAAGUUGUCGUCGAGAAAGAUGGUGUAGUAUAAACAGGUAUAUUUCGUGGGAUGAAAAUGGAGGCUUCGAACGGCAGGAUUCGGAUGCAGGCUAG